AUGACUGUCAGUGAGCAGCCUUGGGACCAUCUGCCAGAGUAUAUAAAAGGCAGUAAGGAAACUGAGCCCAGGACUCCAGUGCAGCAGCCUUCUCCAGUGGCCCAGCUACCAUCGUGGAAGUUUUCUGUGAUGCGCUUGUCUUUGAGUCAACCUUGCUUCUCAGGGACUCUCCUGGUGCUGUGGAUGUUGAACUUUUUCCUGUGGGAGAAGGCACUCUCUGUUCCUGUGUCUGGCUAUGAUGGGAUGUCUCUACAUGAGCUUCUGGAUGAUGCCAUGACCGAAUCUUCUAAUAUCAAAGAGCUCACUGCAGAAAUGCACAGGAUAUUUAUGGAGGAUGUACGAUAUACACCAGGCCGGUGGUUCCCUGAAAGAGACCUUACUGGCUGUCACACAUCUGCCUUAUCUGUUUUGAUACCUAAGGAUGGAGCCCAGCAGAUCUGGGGAGUAUUCCUUCUGAAAGAGACGAUUGGCAUGUUGGGUGCUUGGACUGACCCUCUGCAUUACAUCGCAACUGUACUAAGUCAUAUGGAAGAUGCCCCUAAUGAUAUCAUAUCCAAAGCAAAAGACAUUGAAGGAAAAAUCAGAGGACUUCUAGAGGCUGUAAAGAGGAUACUCAGCAAGAUUCAACCUGGAUCCUCAGAUUACAUAUAUCCCACCUGGAAUGGACUGGCAUCCUUGCAGUCACCUGAUGAAGACACUCGCUUUUUUGCUUUGUUUGACUUACUCCAGUGCCUGAAGAAAGAUUCACGUGAGGUUCACUCUAAUCUCAGGCGCCUGAAGUGCCAACUUCUCUAUGGAAGAGACUGUUAA